AUGUUUGGUGAUCGUGCCAACUUCUGCACGGAGGUCUUGACCUUUGAGGUGGUGGAAUUUCUGAGGUCCUACCACGCCAUCUUGGGGCGCCCAUUGUAUGCCAAGUUCAUGGAGGUCCCGAACUACACCUACCUCAAGCUGAAGAUGCCGAGACUGAACGAUCUCAUCACCGUGGGUAGCACCUUCUCGCACGCCUACACAUGCGACCGCGAGCACUAUGAGCUCGCCACUAGCAUCGUCAACUCCGCUGAGCUCCCGAAGCUCAGGAAUGUGGCCGCGCCGACAGUCCCUGACUACAAUGAGCUGACCUCCACGAGCGUCAUACGUCCGAUUGAGGUAACCAAGGCGGUGUAG